CAGACAUCCACGAUGGUGUUCCAGUGAUCAACGCCUCUGGGCAGGGUAUUGGUUUCAGAGGGUCUCUAUAACCUUCGCAUUUAGAGAAACUCUCUGCUAUCCGGACGCAUUGGUUAUCGAAAAUUGUUGCCCAUCAAAUAUCCUACAACUCUUGAGACUGCUCCAUUGGAUCUAGGCCUCUCUUCCAGAGAGUGCAUCGACCGCCCAGAAAUGGAGCUAUUUCUUCGGUCUAGGCAAUUUCUCGUUGAGUUUUUUCAGCUUGCAAUUGUCUUUCUUGUCAUAAAAGGCUGCGCAUUUGAAUACCUUAAAGGAAAGUGUACCUUCGAUGAGAACACAUUCUGUAGCUGGUAUAACGAGAGAUACACUGAUCAUUUUGAUUGGUCCCUUUGUCAAGGAAGUUCUCCCAACAAUCGAACAGGAAAUGGCGCUUACAUUAACAUCGAAACGUCAUCUCCACGUAAGUAUAGUGAAAAAGCCAGGCUAAACAGUCCCUGGAAGACAGGCCCUCAGAAGAUGGAGUUUUUCUAUUCCAUGUACGGUAGUACCGUGGAGACUUUGACUGUUUAUGUCAAAAUCAACGGCAGGGAACAUCUGGUAUGGAGUCGCUAUGGAAACCAGUUAUCAAACGACUGGAUCAAAGGCUGUGUGACUUUAAACUAUCGUGGACCUUACCAGGUUAUAAUUGAAGGAGUAGCGGGUAUAUCGAAUGCCUCAAAUAUUGCCAUUGAUGACCUCAGCUUCAUUAAAAACCUGAGUUGUGUUUCUGAUGGUAAAACCCCUCCAGAGGAAAUAUUCCAAGUAAACUGCACAUUUGAUAAAAGCUUUUGUGGGUGGCGUAGCUUGUUGUUGUCAUCAGGCCACGUUGGCUGGGAGAGAACGGGCAACGAAACUGGACAGAGCGGAGAUUUUGCUGGAAACUUCAUUUACUCAUCUCAACCUACCAAAGAAAAUCAGUCCACCCUUUUGUUGAGUCCACUUAUACUGGGACCAAAGUGUUUUGGAUUCUCAUAUCACAUGUCUGGGCGAAACAUUGGAAGACUUGAUAUUUUGCUGCAAGUCAGGGGGCAGCAAGGGUAUUACUUGAUGUGGCAGAAAACAGGAGAUCAGGGAAACAGCUGGAUACAAGAUAGCAUCGGUAUUGGCUACACCGACGAAUUUCAGAUUAUUCUGAAGGCAGCUGUCGGUAAGAAUCUCACAAGUCGUAUAGCUUUGGAUGACUUCACAUUAACUGAUGGGCUGUGCGACGAUGAAAGUGAAGUUAACAGCAAUCGACAAGGGAACUGUAAAUUUGAUAGGAACUUUUGCUUUUGGAAGAAUGAUUUAAAUUUCAUUUCAAAGUGGGCUCUUCGUGGAGACAGAGCACCAAAGUAUCCCACCGGACCCAGCAGUGAUCAUACAUCAGGGACUGGAUUGUACAUUUAUAUUGAUGCCUCAAGUCCUCGCCAGCCUGGAGACACAGCGAGGCUUACAAGUCCAUGGAUGCGGGGACCGCAAUGCAUGACUUUCUUCUAUCAUAUGUUUGGUUCAGAUAUGGGCUGUGUCGUUAUGUACAUAAGAAAGCGGGCUGCAAAAAAGCUAAAACCAAUAUGGCUGCGUUCGAAGGAUCAGGGAGACCGCUGGAUACAAGGCCAAUUAAGUAUUGAAAACAGCUUCACGUAUCAGAUAAUUAUUGAUGGCAUCAGAGGAGGCGGUGACUCAGGUGAUGCAGCCCUGGACGACUUCACUUUUCAAAGAGGACCUUGCCAGCAAACAGAUGAAACCACGUAUUACGUUUCUUCGUACAUGGGUAAAGAUUACAAAAUUUCCUCUAGACCUUCGGAACACAGUCUCUACUCCGAAGAAUUCCGUUUCACUCUCAAACAUCCAAGAGGACUUCUGAGAGAAACCUUGUAUUUCGUCUACUCUAAAGCAUCCAGAAGACAAAGUUUCUUCAGGAAAAAACUAGAUUUGUCUGACUACAAUAACUAUCCACUGGAUGUAGUUGUCCUUAAUGACAAAAGAUCGUCUCCAAGUUGCAAGAAGAUUUAUUUGAUCAAAAGGGAAAACAUGGGACCAAUCAUAAGCCUGGAAGACUACAGUGACGUGGAUCGGUGCAAAGGAAAAAUCAAAUUCUCUUUUUGUUCUUUUAAAGUAACUGAACCAGAAAAUCAUUUGACUUCUGGAUGUCAGCCCGGUUGGUUCAGAGUGGGAAAAUCUUGUUUCAUGCUUUAUUUUGGAUCAACUUGGGAGUGGCGCUUGGUAAGAUCUUUGUGCCACGAGAAAAACAGCGAAAUUGCCACCGCCAAAAGCGUUGAUAUCUUGGAAGCCCUUGCCAAUCAGAGGAAACACCUCGAAUCUGAAGACUUCGAUCUUUUUCUUGGGCUAGAGAGCAAGUUACGCUGGACUUGGUUAGACGGCGAAAAGGUUUCAAACGCACAAAAACAUUUGUGGAAGCCUACGGAACCGAAUGGUGAUGGCAAGUGUGGAUCUCUGUCGAGAUUUCUUGGUUGGGAUUCAACUUGGCGUGGGUAUGGAUGGGGCUGGAACGACGAGCUUUGCACCAGUCGUAAGGGAUACAUUUGUGAGGAGCCACUAGAUGUUUCUAUUCCUGUGGCUCUUUUCUUCGUGGGUGAUACCAACAAAACUGUGGACCUGAGUCCUGGGGGAACCAGUAUUGCUGUGUUAAGUGACAUCGCCUUGGCACCGGAUCCUUUCGGAAAUCCAAAUAGCUCCUUGUUUUUGGGAACUAGCAGUAGCCAUGUGGAAUUGGAAAAUCACGGAGAAAUUGAUACAAGGUUUUCUAUGAGUGUAUUCGCUUGGGUGCAUCUUAGUAAUUCUAGCACUGGUCCAAUAAUAGAUUACGGUUGCUCGAUGACGGUGUUGCAUUCAACCCUCGGAGUUGAAGUCAUCUUUAAGGAACGGCACACCUCUAAGAGUUAUCUCCUGCAUAAGAAAGGCGUUCUAAAAGCAAACUCUUGGAAUUUCAUUGGCUUUACCUAUGAAUACUACAGCGGUGUAGCAACUAUAUGGGUCAACGAGAACAUCGUCAUAAGAGAACUUCUUUUAGCUAAAAUGGAAUUAGCAACUUAUGAAAAUGUUAUUGUUGGAGCUUCCAAAAAUAGAAAAAUGCAAUUCCGUGGCCAGAUUUCUUGCUUGCAGUUUUAUGAACAAGCGUUAUCUGUGGAUCAAAUCAUAAAGGUUAAAGCGCGGUGUAAUAAAACUGUAUCUACACCUUCAGUGGAAUACAGAAGUGUUGGAUGCUUCGCAGACAAGCGUCAUCGAGCGAUUCCAACACUUGAAGGAGCGGACCCUAUCUCUGCCGAGAAAUACGACGAGCGUACGAGAGCAAUUGAAAAGUGCGCCCUUGCAGCUCGAAAAAGAGGGUUCACCAUGUUUGCUGUUCAGUAUAAUGGGCAGUGCAUGAGCAGCGCAACCGCAGAACAAACUUUCAAUAGAUAUGGUGAGAGUAAGGAAUGCAAUGCAAAUGGAAAAGGAGGAUCAUGGGCAAACAAUGUUUAUAUCAUUCGAGAUUAUGUUGAUGUCGGAUGCUACAGAGAUCGCUCCUCGCGUGCAAUUGCAUCACUCGAAAGAAAAGAUCCGCUAUUGUCAGGAUGGCACAAAGAUCGCGAGAACCCUAUCGAAAAAUGCGCCAUAGUGGCUCGCCAAAGGGGCUUCCGUAUGUUUGCCGUUCAAUAUGGCGGGGAGUGUUACAGUAGUUCAACAGCGGAAAAGACUUUCGACAGAUAUGGCAAGAGCGAUAGAUGCGAAGGUGACGGAAAAGGAGGAACUUGGGCGAAUCGCGUCUAUGCCUUUCAAGCGUCCACUUCGUGGUGCAGCCCCAGCUUUUUUCCAUUUCAUGGAGGUUGCUUUUCCAUAGACACUUACAACAAAGUAAACUGGGAGCAAGCCUUGGAAAGGUGCAAAUCUGAAGGAGGCACCCUGGCGAAGAUUUCAAGGGAAGGGUUAAGACAUGCUUUCUCUGCUAUGUUAGAAGGAUUCAGAGCCUACCGAUGGGAUAUUAAUAACUAUUUCAUUGGUAUGAGGGGCCAAUAUGACGACUGGACGUGGAUUGAUGGCACUCCUUUGAAUGAAUCGUUGUGGGUAUCAGGAUAUCCAAACAGGGACGAUAACAGCCUAGGAUGUGCUUAUCUUUCGGCUGAUUCAUCCCGAAUAAAGAAUAGUGCCUGCAAGUCACAUAAAUACCCGUUGUGUCAGAAAAAAUCAGAAGCAUCUUUGUCAAACCGAAGUCAAACCAAUUGUUCCAGUGUUCUGUUUCGGUAUGAGCCUUUUCUGGCCAUCGACAAAUCUUAUACCACCUGCUUUCGUUCGGCAAAGGAGUCAGAUCCUUGGUGGCAAGUUAACCUUGAUAAAAACUUGUACGUAACCUCUGUGGUAAUCACCAAUAAAGUUGAUUGCUGGCAUCGUGAUAGUGGGAUUAUCAACGUUAGGGUAUUAAAUGAUCCACAUGGCACAGACCCAACCUGCUCCAAAUCAAUGGCAUAUGAUGGAGUAACCCAGCAAUUUAAAUUUUACUGCUCACCACCAGCGCUAGGAAAUUACGUGAAAAUAACUUUGAAGGGUGAUAAUGUCACACUUGUCCUGUGCCAAGUUGUCGUGGAAACUAUCGAGUCGCUUACCGAGGCAAAGGGAGUGCUACGUGAGACCUGGUAUAGACUGAGAAAUUACGAAGCCAGGAGUAGAUCAAUCAUGCGCGAUCAUCCACUGAUUCAAGGUCCACCCGAUAGCCGGAUAGUUCUGCAAGAUUUUGAUGCUCCUCUCGAUUUGGAAGACAGAUACGCUCAAAGAUUGACAGCUUACUUACAGGUUCCUCAGAGCGGUAGCUACGUCUUCUACGCUUCGUGUGACGAUUCGUGCGAGUUGUGGAAGUAUGACGUCAAAGAAAAUGGAAUCGAAAAAGAUAACACCAAAUCAGACGAGAGUGUAGAGAACCGACGUCCAAUGGCAUCUGUUAGCAAACUCACAAGAUAUCUUGAAUGGGACAGGUACGAGGGGCAAUCUUCCCAGCCCAUCUUCCUUGAAAAAUGUCGCAUUUAUCGUCUAGAGGUGUAUGGAAGGGAUCGAUACGGCAAGGAUCAUCUGUCAGUGGGCAUGCGCAAGCCGAAUGGAGAUUUUGAAAGGCCUAUUCCUAAGAAACGACUAUUCUGGACAAAACCAGGGACACGAAAAUUGGUGGUGACGCUCAACGGCCUUGAAACGUCGAAAACUGCUAUCGUCGGGUCAAAACUACACAUUUCAGGUACCCACAGCUUCUGUUGUUACGGCAUACAUUGCCCUGAUUGUUCAUUACAACUGAACCUCUCAACCCUGGGACAAAGUAUAACAAUAAACUCAGCGUUAAACAUAUCUUGUUCAAAUACAUCAUUUGAGACUUUCUUUGACACAGACAGACAGCCGGGAAAUUAUACAUUGAAGGUCAGCUAUUCAUUUCUGGAGCACCCGGGGAAAAUUCUUGAAGAGAGAGUGCUGGGAAAUGUUUGUCUUAAAGCUGCUGUAGCAUUAAAAGAAUGUAAUUUUGAGUCUGGAAAUUGUGCAGGCUGGACUGGCCUUGGAAGCAAUGAAAACUGGAAGUUCUCCAAAGGUCAUUUUGCCUACAUCGGGAGCUCUUCUAGAGGACAGCUCAAGAGUCCGUUGUUACUAUGGAAACCAGCUUAUGAGAAGGUGGGCUUGUGCUUACGGUUUAAGUACCUCAUGCCAACUAAAUCAAAGUCGUAUUUGAAAGUUCUACUUUGGAAAAAUAAAGAAAAAAGGGCAAUAUUAGUUUGGCAGCUACUUGGAUACCACGGUGCUGGAUGGUCAGUGGCUCAGGUGGUUUUGCCAAGCUCUGUAGCUAUUCAGGUAAUAUUUGAGGGAGAAGGUUUUCUGGAGAUCCCUGUCAAUGUAGCGAUUGAUGACAUCAGCAUAACAACUGAGAAGUGUGUCCUACUACCUUACUUUGCAAAACCAGGUUUUCAAUGUGGCAAAAAAACGUUUCAGUGUAACAAUGGUGAAUGUGUCAAAGAUGAUUUAACGUGCGACGGUGACUUUGCGUGUAAGGAUGAAUCGGACGAAGAUAACUGUGGCUGCCCCUCAAAUAAGUUUGCUUGCCAGGAUGGGAAAUGUAUUCCUGCGACAGCCGUAUGCGAUGGUAACAACGAUUGUUCUGAUGGAGAUGAUGAAAAUAAUUGCCGCAGUUCAUGUGCCUCCAAAUAUCAUUGUCUUGAUGGAUCGUGCAUUUCCUGGUCAAAUACCUGCAGGGAAAAACCUUUCUGUGGAGACGGGACUAACACUCCGUCUGUAUGUGGGUCCGGAGAUUGCCUUCUCAGUGACUUAUCGUGUACAUCAAAGACGUCGGAAGAGUUAUCACAGUGUAAAUCAUCCUUUAGAGGCUAUUGCAGAUUCAACGAUAAUUUCUGCAAUUUGAAAUAUGACCGGAAUGCCACAUUCCAGUGGACCAUAGCUUCGGGCAAAACGCCAACAGAGAAUACUGGGCCAAGCUAUGAUCACACCACGCUUAGCAAGGAUGGAUCGUAUAUCUACAUCGAAGCCUCUCCUCAAAUGCCCGGAGACGCAGCAAAGCUGUUAAGUGACUGGAUGGAACCCAAUGAAAAAGUUUGUAUUCAGUUUUGGUAUCACAUGUACGGCUCAGACAUCGGUCAUCUGAGCAUCUACCUAAAAACUAACCUAUCAGAAACAAUCGUCUGGACACUUUCGGGAAAUCAGGGGGACCAAUGGAAGUUCGGACAAACAGCUUUGAUCAGUCGUGAUGCCUAUAGGUUUAUAAUUGAAGGAACAGUUGGCGGUGGAAGCAGCGGUGAUAUAGCUCUGGAUGAUCUGACAUUGCUAGAUGGAAACUGCCAGACAAUUAUUACACAGAAGAGUCUGAACUGUGAUUUCAAAGAAGACACAUGCGACUGGGAGGCUAAAGGAAAGUGGACCCUUUCAAAAGGUGGUUCCUUUAUUUUUCUUGGCCGUGGAGCAUAUGAGGUGGGUCAUUCUCUCUUUUCUCCUCCGAACAUAAAUACCAGAGAAUGGAAAUGUUUACAUUUUUGGUAUUUCAUCGGAGGCAAUGACGGGUAUGGAGCGUCCUUAACGGUGCUACUAAAGAUGUUAACAUCAAAACAAACGACUUUGCUGUUCUUCACGGACGAGACUACAGCUGGAGCAACAUACACCCAAACACCGUUACCGGGAAAUUGUACAGAUGCUCAGAUCGAAAUAGUGGGAACCAAUAAAUGGAAGGUUCUGUUUCUCCGACAAGUCUCCUUUUCUAAAGAUUCUUGUGAACGAAUUCCCAACCCAAGGAAUGAUUUGCAACAGCAUAAACCUCUUGGAAUGGAAAACGGUGUGAUCCUUGACAAGAAGAUCACCUCAUCCUCACAACUUGAUGAGCUUCACGCUCCCAUCCAAGGAAGACUUCACUUUCAAGCAACCCCAGGUAGAGCAGGAUCCUGGUCCGCUGGUUUAAAGGACUCAAGUCCAUGGCUUCAGGUUGAUCUGAAUAUUAAGAACACAAGAGUUACAGGUGUUGCGACACAAGGGAGAAACGGACCUUUCGCUCAGUGGGUAACGGAAUAUCUGCUGCAGUACAGCAACGGUGGAGUAAGCUUCAAAUACUACAGAGAACCAAGACAAACCAAAGCAAAGCGCUUUGCUGGAAACGCUGACCAGGAUGCUGUAGUUUUUCACGAGCUUAUUCCACCAAUCAAAGCAUGUUACAUCCGCUUUCGGCCUGUGGCUUGGCAUGAAGCAGCCUCAAUGAGAGUUGAACUGUAUCAGGAUGUGAAAGAGUGUAAUGAAGCCCUGGGAAUGGAAGACGGUGCAAUUUCGAAUGGACAAAUUCUUGCUUCUUCACAAUGGGAUGGAUAUUCUACCGCAGACCAGGGAAGAUUAUGCUUUGAAGCCGCACGAAAAAAACAGGGAGGAUGGUCAGCCGGCAAAAGGAAUACAAGGGAAUGGUUCCAAGUUGAUCUGGGAAGUCAUUACGUUAAAAUCACAGGUGUUGCAACGCAAGGCAGGCAAGAGCACGAUGAGUGGGUAACCAGUUACAAACUGCUUUACGGAAACAAUGGAGAGAGCUUCCAGUACUUCAAGGAAAAAGGGGAAGUCUUGGACAAAGAAUUUACUGGAAAUAUGGACCGUGACACCAUUGUUCAUCAUAAACUUAACCCAGCCAUCAAAGCCCGCUAUAUUCGCCUGCAACCCUUAACUUGGCACAACUGGAUAUCUUUGAGAAUGGAAUUGUAUGGCUGUUCAGAUGAAUGUCAAACGGAUCUUGGCUUAAAAAAUAGAGCUAUUCCUGAUGCACAGUUGAGUGCUUCUUCCCAACUGGAUCGUGACCAUGUCGCAUCGCAAGGAAGGCUGGACUAUGAAGGAGAAUUGUGGAAAGCAUCGGCUUGGUCAUCUGGGAUAGUUGAUCAAAGCCAAUGGCUCCAAAUUGAUCUUCGAAGUCUAUUCGUUACAGUAACCGGAGUGGCGACACAAGGACGUAGCGGCUGGCGCAGGAACUGGCAGUGGGUAACACAUUACAUGCUGCAGUUCUGUGAUGAUGGAGAGAACUUUACUUUCUUCAAGGAACUAGGAAAAUCAGAGGCAAAGAAUUUUAGUGGAAACAGCGACAGCAAUACUGUUGUUCAUAAUGACUUAAACCCACCAAUCAGAGCUCGUUAUGUCCGCUUUCUCCCACAAUCUUGGCAUAAGCAUAUAUCAAUGAGGGUGGAGCUCUAUGGAUGCCUCAAAUAUAGUAAUAAAGUUUCUAUGAAUGUAUCCGAAUGUCGAGGAGCUCUCGGUAUGCAGGACGGUAUAAUAUCAGAUGGACAAAUCAGUGCCUCUACGGAAAGACAUAGCUCUCAGAUUGCAAUCCUAGCUAGGCUACACCGUGCACCAAUGACUGCAGAAAAGGCUGGAUCUUGGUCAGCAGAGAAAAAUGAUUUACAUCAAUGGUUGCAAGUGGAUCUAGGAAGCCAUUAUACCAGAGUAAUGCGAGUUGCAACGCAAGGAAGGUAUGAUGACAGCCACUGGGUGACAAAAUACAAGUUACAGUAUGGCAAUGAUGGAGAAAAAUUUCAAUACUACAGGGAACUGGGAAAAUUUUCAGAUAAGGAUUUUGUUGGAAAUUCUGAUCGAGACACCAUCGUUUUUCAUGAACUAAACCCACCAAUCCACGCACGUUUUAUCCGCUUUCAACCACAACACUGGUUUGGCCACAUAGCCAUGAGGGUAGGGGUAUAUGGAUGUCAAGAAUGUACUAAUCCUCUCGGUGUGGGCAGUGGUGCAAUAUCUGACAAACAAAUAACUUCCUCUUCACAACUGAACGAUGCUCAUGCCGCUAUGCAGGGAAGACUCGGCUCCAAGGCCACUAAGAGUAAAGGAGGAUCCUGGUCCGCUGCUUCGAACAACUACAGCCAAUGGCUUGAGAUUGAUCUGCGAAGUCAGAACAUCAAUGUGACCCGCGUAGCCACUCAAGGAAGACCUGAUGCCAGCCAGUGGGUGACGAAAUACAAGCUGCAGUACAGUAAAGAUGGCGUAAAUUUUCAAUAUUACAAAGAACAAACGAAAACUGCACAUAAGGUUUUUGAUGGGAACGUUGACCAACACACCGUUGUUUAUAAUGAGCUUGUCCCGCCCAUCACAGCACCUUUCAUCCGUUUUCGGCCAGUUGAAUGGCAUAGUCACAUAUCGAUGCGAGUAGAACUUUAUGGAUGUCAAGACGACCGUCCCUGUGACAAAUCAGUAGACUGGUGUGGAUGGAAAAACGUAUAUGGUUGGAAAAGAAUCAAACAAAAGGAUCUUGAGGUCUACAAAGGUCUCAGUGACGACAACAACUUCGAGGCACAUCUUCCUGACAGCGAGUAUGGUUACAUAUCAGUUUCAGAUGUAGUAUUGGAUGAAUGCUGUUUCACCAUUUGCUUUUGGUUGAAAACCGCUGAUAGAGGCUUCUUUAUGGAAUAUAAAACUGCGGGAUCAGCCGAAGAAAACGAGGCUCUAGUUUUCGAAAUCUAUUAUGGAGACACAUUUUCCCUUCAAAGCGGUGGCAAGAGAAGCGAGCAUUCAAUGGACGUGAUGGACUCCACCUGGCAUCACGUGUGUGUCUCCUGGGAUGGGAAAGUGAGACAGCUUGUAGUUUUCAAGGAUGGUUAUAGAAAUUUCAAGUUAAAUGACUUCUGGACGCCUCUACUUCAGAAGCCGAAUAAGGGAGUCGUGACGAUUGGGUUUAGAAAUAAGAGUGGAAAUGCAUCUGCUGUAAUUGGUAGACUAAGUGGCUUUAAUAUUUGGAGUCUAUUGGUCACGGAAAACGAGAUACUGCGCAUGUCAUACGGUUGUGGAGAGGUGAUUGGCAACGCAAUGGACUGGGGAAAAGUUACAAAUGGGCUGAUUGGAGAAGUGGAAGUACGAUCGCUUCCAACUUGCAACGAUGAUAAACGUGACAGGCUUGUGGUAGAUACCGUCAUUUCCAAGCCAAAUGGAACUGCUGUUCUUGUGAGCCCGACGUACAAAAGAUCAAGUGACGGGAAAAGCAGAUGCUUGAGGUUUCGCUACAUGCUACGGGGGUCUCGAAAGAAAAUGUUGACAAUUUUCCAGAAAAUGGAAAGUUAUAGUGAAAUACCAAUCUGGACUUGGAAACGCAACACAGGCCGGAACUGGGUUUAUGGUCAAGUACCGCUGACCUCUACUUCGAAGUUUAAGAUUUUGAUUAAAGGACAAAAAACCAGGAAGAAAGACUUGAUCGCUGUAACAGGAAUAUAUGUCGAAGAAGGACUUAAUUGCAAACUAAGGCCACUGUCCGCAAAACAGGCUUGCAAUGAGGACUUAACCAAUCCAUCAGGAUAUAUCUUUUCGCCGACCUAUUCCGGCAUGGUUCCCUAUGAUAUCGCUUGCACGUGGUACAUUACCGUUCCGCGCAAUAACAAAAUUCGCUUGGAGUUCCAAGAUUUUCGUCUUCCAGACCAUCCCACGUGCGACGGCUGCAGUCUUCAAAUUUUUGAUGGAAGCGAAACGUCUGCUCCUAUGAUUGGUCGAUUCUGCGGUUAUUUGUAUCCUCCUAUUGUGGUUUCUUCGUCAAAUCAUCUCAGGAUUGCUCUGCGUUGCGCUGCCAAUUCAUACACAGCAAGAUUCAAGAUUUUCUAUAACUCCACGGCGGCUAACGAAGAUUUAGAGUCGUCCUGUUCACUCCAGCAAGAAUGCCCAUCAAGCUGCAGAUGUGAAGAGUUUGGUGGAGAAAUAGACAAGAGGAUCCUGGUGAGAGGAGAAGAUUUACUGAGUGUACCGAAUGAUCUUCCAACAAACGUCGGAGCAGUGUUUUUUGGCCAAAACCGGAUCUCCCAAUUACGCGAGGAGGACUUUGCAAACCUCUUGAAAUUGGAAUAUAUUGAUGUGAGCUUCAACACCCUGCUUCACGUGGAUGAGGACAGCUUUCAAAAUUUGACAUUCGUUAAGACACUGAGACUUAAUUUUAAGUUUCUUCGAGCUCUUCCUGUUGGGGCCCUCAAAGGAUUAUCCAAUUUACGUGUACUUGACUUAGGAAGGAACCUUCUUCGGGUUGUAUUCAGCGAGAUGCUCGAUGGACUUUCGAAUUUGGAAAUUUUGAGUCUUCGCUCUAACCAAAUCGAGCGGUUGGAAUAUGGUGCUUUUAGGAAUAAAAGCAACAUGACUCAUUUGUACCUACAAGAUAACAAGCUCAAAGAAGUAUCAAAUGGGAUGUUCAAAGAUCUUCUUAAACUUAAACUUUUAAAUCUCAGCACAAACAGACUGAGGACUGUUUCUAAGGAAACUUUUCAAGGGUUGCAGUCGCUUGAGUAUCUGUACCUGGAUAAAAACGAACUUACCCUGAAAGUACCCCCAGAUGCGUUCAAUGACCUCAAGAACCUGCGAUAUUUGAAACUGGAUCACUUCAUACUAUGUUGCUACGCCAAGAAGUCAAUUGGAGGAGUGGAUUGCGAAUCCCCAGUCAAUGAAUUCUCAAGUUGCGAUGACCUCAUGAAAAAUAAAACUCUCCAAACUUGCAUCUGGAUUCUGGGAAUCCUUGCUUUCUUUGGUAAUCUGCUUGUCAUACUAUGGCGGAUAGUUGAUACAGAAGAGAACAGGGUCCACUCGUUCUUGCUGAAAAAUCUAGCGCUUGCCGACAUGUUCAUGGGUGUUUAUCUGUUGGCAAUUGCAAUUAUGGACGCAAGGUGGCAAGGAGAAUAUUUUAAGCACGACCAUGAAUGGAGGUCUGGUUGGGGUUGUCGAAUAAUUGGAGUUCUCUCGAUGCUGUCCAGUGAGGUAUCUGUACUAAUUCUAACAAUCAUCACAAUGGACAGAUUCAUUUGCAUCGUCUUCCCGUUCAAAUUCCGUCGCCUGACGUACAAAUCCGCCGUAUUUACCUGCACUGGAGUGUGGGUAUUUGGAAUAGUCAUCUCCGUGAUUCCAAUCACUGGACUGAACUAUUUUUAUGACAAAAGCGGUGAUUUUGGUUUCUACAGUCGUUCAGCGGUUUGCCUUCCGCUUCAGCUAUCUGAAGGAACCCCAGCCGGUUGGGAAUACUCCACCUCCUUUUUCAUCGGGAUGAAUUUCAUUUCUUUCACCUUUAUCCUGGUGGCGUACCUCUCGAUGUUUCUGACGGUGAAACGUGUAACCCACGCUGUUCGAUCGACGAAUUUAAACAGAGAAUCUGCUAUGGCAAAGAGACUUGUUUUCAUAGUGAUGACAGACUUCUGCUGCUGGAUGCCCAUAAUAAUUAUCAGCAUUUUGUCACUGACAGGAAAUUUCAAUGAUCCAGACAAAAUUGCCUACGUGUGGAUUGCAGUGUUUGUUCUUCCUCUCAAUUCCUCCCUUAAUCCAAUCCUUUACACGUUUUCCACCGAUAGAGCAAAACGCAGCUUAAGCCAUAAGGGGAAAAAUGUCACUGGUUUUGUUAUGAAGACUCUGAACAGACGUACUGAAGAUCGAUCGUCCAACGCCUCGAACAUGUCUGGAAAAACGUUGCUUUCAAAAGUCCUUUCCAUUUCCAGCCCCAAGCCAAAAGUGAGGGAAAUGAAAAAGCCGCAGCCCGAGAUUGUUGUUGUGCAAGCUAAUCUGAAGCUUAUUGAAGAAGUAAAUAUCUUCAAGGAUGAUACUGUUGGAAAACAAUCCACAGGCUAUGUUACUGCUUGGUGUGAGGUAGGAGGUGCUUUCAAUAUUGUGUUGCUAAAGUACUUUGGAAAAGGAAUGAAGGAGGAGUGGACUCGGGAAGUGGCUAUAGUACAGCACUUUUCUUGUGACAAGAAGCCUCAGUCCAAUGUGUUACAAUAUCGGUGGCACUCCAAAACUAACGACCUGAAUAUUGAGCACGGCAAAACGAAGAUUGAUGCUCUACAAGGAAAAAGUUUCCUGAUAUGUUACGACUUUGUGUCAAGUUCAACCCUGGAAGAUUUCAUUUGUGAGAAAGGAACUGUCAUUGACUUCGAGUCAAUUUGUACAGUAGCCUGUGACGUCUUAGGUGCAUUAGAAGAACUACAGGAACUUGGAGUACUUCAUAACAAUAUCACAACACGUAACAUUCUGAUCAGCCAGUGCGCUAGGAUUCCUCCAAUCAAAGCAAUCUUGGGUGGAUUCUCUCGUGCGUCCACGGUGAAUGAAGAGAGCGCGUUCACAAACCAUGCUAUGGAUGAACAAAGUUGUUUUGGUAGCCAUGUUGAGAAGUUUGGAAAAUUGUUGGCCACACUAUUGGGACACUGCCAUGGCUCUAGUGAACAGUCCAAGCUACAUGAAAUUAUGAACCUCUGUUUUGAAAAAACACCAGAGAAGAGGCCCACAGCACGUUGCCUCCGAGAACUCUUGGAAGAGGUGUGGUGCACCAAGGGAUUCAGUGAUUCAUUUGUUUGAUCAAACAUAUGGACAAAAACAAUUCAUAACUUUAUAAUACAUAUAUUGGUUGAGCUUUUGAAAAACCCAUAAGUUUGUCCAUCUCUGAUAGCAGUAGGGUAUAGGCCAUAAGCAAAAGAAAUGUUUAGUUUACCAAUAACGGUACAGCACACUACAAUAAAGUGCAAUAGUGAUUCUGUGUUGUAAAUAGUUUGAGAUUAUGUGCAGUGUUUUGGUACGAAAUGUAUAUUCAGUUAGGAAAAUAGAGAGUCUGGAAAAUGCUCAUUUUCUGAAGAGCCCUACAGUAAUCUGAGCUCAUUGUGUUGCUCCGUACGUAGUGUUACUUUUUAUCCUUCAUGUUGAAUCAGAUUAGUAAACUUUUAAACCUAAACAAACGGUAAUGGACACUGUACUCGUAAUUUCCCUUAAAAAUAUUUACACCUCAGAUCGUCUACGUAUGCUUAGGGCUCCCUAUAGAAUAUUCUUUGACUCUUAUACAAAGGUACAAGAUCCUCAAUUUCCAAGGUCUAAAUUUCAGCUCUCGUAAUGCCCUAAUAGUCACAAAACUAAUAAAACACUCAGUGAAAACCCUGAAUACUCUUUAUGUACGCAAUCAUUAUUUAUAGUUUGUUCACUUGCCAAGGACAAAGGAAAGCAUUAUUCGCUGUUGCUCGCCAUUAUGCCCUUGUCCUGCUCUUUUGAAGUCGAUUUGUAGUCCGAUUCAAAAGUGAUUUCCCUUUCCCAAGCGAGUAAAACCCAACUCAUUCACUACACAUUUAGUGGUUUAACUGAAGUUUCCGAACUGAAUGGUCAAAGAACUAAACUGGAACACAAAAUCUAACAGUUAUCGGGAAGAAGGUCAACUUGUUUCGGAAGGGCGUAAUCAAUCGUAUGCAAUGCUGGGCUGUUGUUGAUUGGGAUUAUGCUAAUUUUACUACGCGGGAGGGGGUCUGGUACGAAUCGCUUGCUUGUGCUAAUCGAGCGAUCAGUUGCGAUGUUUAAUUAGAGAGGUUCAAAAACCAAAUUUAGACGGUAACUUGAAUUGGUCAAACCACGGCAACUGGACUUAACUGUGAAAUUUCUUUUUUUUUUAAUCUUAUGAACAAAAGGUGAUUCUUUUUAGGAGACACUUAAUUUUUAUUCAGCUGACCAUUAUGUCUAUAGUCUAGUAGUCUAGCACCACUGACUCUGAUCUGAAGGAUGUGCCUUUAAUUCUAUCUUAGCAGUCCAACAAAAGACGUUGGAGUGUAAAACUGUUUUUCUGGUUUAACUGACUCCAAACUCCAUGGCCAAGUUUAUUUCGCACUAUUCAAAUUAAUACAGUACAAGAGGACUUAUUGAACUAGGUGAACUUGGAGAAGAUAAUGAGAAGUAGAUAUCGUGCAUGUUUGUAUAUUUGUGCACAGUGAUCAAAGCAGCCGUAGCUUUCGUUAACUGACAGUACAUUAGGCAACAUUAACAACUAAUGAGUCCAAUCGAACAUAUCGUAGAAAGAAAUAAAGAUGAAAACUUAGGAUAAAACUUGCUGUGCUAGGAUAAAGCUAAGACAAAUAAAUAUAAACGGGUAAUGAUAAAA